AUGAUGGAGGGCCUCACAGCCAACUCCGCUGACAAAGAGGCUCAUAUUGAUGAGUACGAGAUCCUCCACACCAUUGGUGAAGGCGGCUUCGCUAAAGUGAAGCUGGCCAGGCACAUUCUGACCGGGACACAGGUGGCUGUGAAGAUCAUUAAGAAAGGUCGGCAGAGCUGCUCAACUUCCCAGGCAGUUUACCGGGAAGUGUGCUGUAUGAAGGCUCUGGAUCACCCCAAUAUGGUAAAACUGCUGGGGGUGAUUGACACGGAGGAGACAAUGUUCCUCGUGAUGGAGUACCUCAGUGGGGGGGACAUGUUCAGCUACCUAGUGAACCAUGGCCGUAUGACAGAGGCGGAGGCCCGACGCCCGUUCCAGCAGCUGGUCUCCGCCCUGCAGCACUGCCACCAGAGGGGCAUCGUGCACAGGGACCUGAAGCUACCGAACCUCCUCUUGGAUGCCAACAUGAAUAUAAAACUGACAGACUUUGGCCUCAGCAACAAGUGUGAUGAGAGUGGCAUACUGGACACGAUCUGCGGCACACUCCCGUAUGCUGCCCCGGAACUGUUGCGGGGGCAGAGCUACAGCGGCCCUGCGUUGGACGUGUGGAGCCUGGGUGUAGUUCUCUACAGCAUGGUAACUGGGUGCCGGCCCUUUGUGGGAGAAGACGUCCCAGAGAUGCGGGAGCAAAUCCUACGAGGGCAAUACCCCAUUCCACCUUACCUGUCUUUGGAGAUAAGGGCUCUAUUACAAAAAAUGAUUGCCCUCAACCCCCGUGACAGAGGCACCUUAUCUGACCUCAUGAGGCAUCCAUGGGUGAACAUGGGCCAGAAGGAGCCACUCCAGCCACCCUGUGAAGAGGACCCGGAGGUGACCAUGGUGAGGACUCUGGGCUGGACUUGCGAGCAGAUCCAGGACCCAGAAACAGGCAGUGUGAGCUCCAUGAAACCAAUGGUGGGGUCCUCCAUCAUAACUGUGAGGCCCUUCUCUUCCGGGGACCUCAGUGGCAGUGAACUUGAGGCUUCUUUAAGCCCUGAGUUGUCCACCCUGAAAACCAGAUGGCUCUACCAGGGAGAAAAUGGGCAGCUGCAGGAAGACCAACAGGCAGGGCAGAAGACCAGUGAGCCUGCCUGUCCCCCACCCAGCCUGGAGUCGAGGACUGCCACCCCCAGCCCAGCCGACCAGUGUGGCCCUGGGACAUCCCCGUCCACCAGCAGCAGGAUUGGAGCCCCAGAGGGAACCAGCUGCCCCCCAGGUGUGUCCAACAUUGGAAGGUCCUCCCACCCUGGGCAGACUGAGAGUAUGUCCUCAUCCACUCCCUCUGGCCACACACAGAAAAAGCAAGGGGUGGCUGGGAGAAUCUGCAACUUUAUAUCUAAACACCUUUGUUGCAAGCUGAGGCGUCGUCAUAAAGUGAAACCAUCUGAACCCCAUGGAUGA